CUAGGUUGAGGGAGUCGCUAAGCUUACAAAACAUGAAGUUCACAGGAAUACUAUACAUCGCGUUUGUGAUAGUUCUUGUGUCGGCUUUAGCUCCGGCUACAGCAGUUUUGGAAGAGAAAGUGGAAUGCAUUCCGAGAGAAAUUUUUGUAGUAUGCUUACCAGCAUAUGAAUCUGGAAGUCCACCGUCCGCUGAAUGCUGCGGAAAAUUGAAAGAACAAGAAUCGUGUUUCUGUGAUUACCUAAAAAAUCCAGUGCUUGCUCCGUAUAUUGAUUCUCAAAGUGGUCGCAAGGUCUUAGCGGCUUGUGGUAUACCUUAUCCUACUUGUUAAAAUUUUAAAUAUCGAAAUCCUAUGUAAUAAUGC